AAAGAUUUAAAAGGCUUUUCUCACUCUUUCUUUAGAAUACGAUGGCUGAAACAACUCCAUUCAAGCGCCACCGAGAAGAAGAAACCCUAGCCGAAGAAGAAACCACUAAGCGACAGAAGCCAUCUUAUUCCUCUUACAACGACCAGAUUCUCUGUCUCCUCGAAGAUUCAGACGAACUUAAACAACCCAACAAUGACAUAAGUUCCUUUAUAAACGCUCUCCAGCAAGAAAUCUCAUCAGCAGAUGACCAAAACGCCGCUUUUUCUGGAGUUUCCAACGUUGAAGAUUCGUCGAUUUCGUGCGUUUCUUCGAAGGAAGAUGAUGUCGAUGAUGAGAACAAUGAGAAAGUGAUGCAGCAUCUUCUGGAAGCUUCAGACGACGAACUCGGGAUCCCUAACACCGGUUUUGGCGAGAGUAAAUAUGACAUGAAUAAGAAUGAUAUUAAUCAAGAAUAUGUAUAUGGAAAUAGUUUGUUGGAUGGGUUCGGUGAUGCGUUUUGGGAGCUUGAAGAUGAAGCUGCUAAUUAUUAUACGUUGCUGCAAUCUGAGUUGUUCUCAUAGAAAGCCUAAUUGGUAUAUCAUCUAGAAGAAAAAGCCAAUUAUAAGAAAAGUGGGUCGUUUUUUUAUAUGAAAUUUCAUUUCAUUUUUAAGGCACACUUCUUUUAUUUUGGCGGAGCGAAAUAUCAUAUUAAUUGUUGAUUAAUUUGUAGUGGGACAAGUGAUAAUGAUAUAAUUUUUCUCUCUUUAUUUUUUUUUUAUUUUUUUUUUUUACUUUUCUGCUGUUCGCUGCGUCGAGAGAUCAUCG